UGCUUUGGUGGUUCACUCAAGUCUCUUACAUAUUGCCACUUGUCAAUCAGCUCAUGGAUACCCUCGUGUAAGACAGAUACCUGGCAUCCGACAGCUGUUUCGUCUAUUCCCCAGCUGCAGUUUGGUACAUCAUUAUCAUCAUCGAUGUCGAUCUUGUGACCAUUUGGUCACUCCACCCCAAUGCCGCUCACGGGCGCGUCGUCGCAAUUGGGACUUCAGACGGGUGCUUCAUGGAAGUUCAGUACACAGCCUUCACCGCGCACCAGCGAUACAUCCUUUCGAUUAUCGAGAGGACGUGUUCUUCAAUCUCGGUCGCGGGGUCAUUGAUCAUUAUCCUCACCUUUAUCGGGUCGACCCGCUUUCGCAAACCUAUCAAUCGCUUGGUGUUUUUUGCUGCAUGUGGGAAUGUCAUGUGUAAUGUCGCCACGCUGGUAUCGGUGUCGGGCCUGGACAGCGGGCCAGAUAGCGACCUCUGUCAAUUUCAGGCCUUCUUUUUGCAAUGGUUUAUGGCGUCCGAUGCGCUCUGGACGUUCGCUAUGGCCUGUAAUGUUUACCUGGCCCUUUUUCGAAAACAUGACACGGAGCAUCUACGGAAUUUGGAAUGGAGGUAUAUGCUGCUAUGCUACGGGGUUCCGUUCAUCCCUGCUUUGGUCCUGCUCUUCGUAAAAAAUGACCGCCAGGGAAAGGUCUUUGGGAAAGCCACGCAAUGGUGUUGGAUUUCAAACGAAUGGGAUUACCUACAGAUCGCUGUCUUUUACGGACCGAUAUGGUUGGUCAUCGCAGUAAAUUUCAUUAUAUAUACUCGCGUGGGUUGGUAUAUCUACCGCGGACGUCGCGAGCUCAACCGCUUUCGCAGUCCAGACACCGAGAUGGGACCGGAGAUUUUCUCGUCCAUGGAUUCCGACAAUCGCACGGUGCAAACCGAGACCACGGGCGGAUCGUCAAUGGAGAGGGUCAGACUCGAGAACUCGAACAUUCCCCAGCCUGACUCGGCCGUGCGGGCGUAUACUAAGUACGCCCUAACGUUCUUCCUCGCGAUGUUCAUUACCUGGAUCCCCUCCAUCGCUAACCGGAUCUACGCCUUGGCGACGCCGGCAAAUCACUACAUAUUCGGAUUGACCAGCGUCGCGAGCUUCGUGCUUCCGCUGCAGGGCUUCUGGAAUUGUGUCAUUUACAUCGUUGUAUCGUGGGAUGCGAUGUCGUCUGUGCUGCAAGAUCUGCGCCAUUGUUCAUUUUCUAGAUUGGGGAGUGUACCAAUACCCAGCUUUCGGAUAGGUUCAAAUACAACUGAGAAGGAUUGACACGAGAUGUGUUCGCUCGAAUGCUGGGCAGUGCGUAGUGGGGGAUGUCUAGCGACGAGAAAUUACUUUGUCCAGUCCACUUGGUUACGAUAACUUUUAUCUUCCUGAGUAGAUGAGAAAUGAUGACAGACGCGAGGAUGAAUUUUGCUGGGAGUUGGAGGUAUCCGCCGAAUUCCAGCGGCAAUUCAAGAUUUCCUACCGUGGCUGCCUUUGCAUAUAGC